AUGUCGGACGUCGUCGAUCCCCUCGACUCCCUCCCCUCGGCGAUCCUCGCCGAUGUCCUCGGCCGCGUCGCGGACGCCGGGGACAUCGCGGCUUCCCGCCUCGCCUCGCGCGCGCUGCUCGCCGCCUCCUACCACUGCCCCCGCGUCCGCCUCAGCGCGGCCGCCCGCGCGCGCCGCCUCCGCGGGCGCGGGGGCGGGGACGGCGCGACCGCCUUCCGCUUGGCCGCCGCGAACGUCGCCUCGCUCCUCGGGACGCACCUUCGCUCCCUCGCGCUCGACGCGUCCCAAGGGCAUGGCUGCCCCGAUCAAGCGAUUUGGGCGAAGCACGCGGAGUUCGACGAGGCCAACGACCUGCACCUCACCAGCGGCGAGUCCGUGGCGGCGUGGGCGGCCACUGCCGCUGGCCUCGUCCUCCGGGAGGUGGACAUCGCCGACUUCUGGCCGCAGUCGUGCUGGCGGAAGGCGGAGGCGCUCCCCGUCAUCUCCCGUUUAUGUCAUAAUCUUUCAACACUGAGGCUGAGAAAGGCAUGGCUAUCUGUUGAUGGGCUCAGGAUAAUGCCAAAUCUGACUCAUCUGGCACUUGAGUCCAUUAGAUUAGAUGACGAGAACCUCAGCACAUUGAAUGAGUGCUUCCCUUGCCUUCAUACUCUCAAUCUUAUUGGAGUUGGGGGGCUCAAGGACCCCAAGAUUCACCUUCCUCAGCUGAAGAAUUGCCACUGGGAGGUAUCAGAUGUUCCACGGUCUUUAGCUAUCCAUGCCCCUAACUUGGUUUAUCUUGAGUUGAAGUGUGUUCGACCAGGAAUCCUCAUUCUAGAUACUCCAUCCGUGUCCACUCUCAAACUCACCAUAGAUAAACUUGGCCCUACCGUCCAAGUCGAUGGCCUUGUGAAUCUGAAAAACCUUCGGAUAGAGUCAUCGGAUCUAAAUUCCCUCUUGAGGCUGUUUUCAGAGAGUCGAGAUGUCAGGACACUAGAUCUUGAGCUACCUGCUUCUGCAGGCCGCAGUGAGCUUUACGAAGCGGUGGAGCCUGAGCUGUUUUCAAGAGCCACCGAAGUGAAGCUGUCGCCGAGGUUUUCAUAUGAACUGAUGAGGCGCAUUGUGUUCUCCAUGACCAGUUAUGACUGCCGAAGCUGUCUGAGGAAACUUCUGGUUCAUAUGCCGCCAUCCAUCCUUACUGCUUGCCCGUUCAUACCCUUGAUCAACAACUGCGUGCCGUUGUGCGAGGUGACUGUUCUUUUCCAUGCGGAUUCCAGUGAUGCCACUCGCCAAGCUGCUGCAUCCUCUUGGCCGCUGCGUUUUCCAGACAUCACUUGGCAAUGGGGUACUUGGCAGUAA